UAUAAUCCUAUAUACAUUCUAGAAUCGUUGGAAAAAUAUAAACAUAUGUCCAGUGGAUCGAACGACUCGUCGACAAAACGACAUUAGCGCACUCGCAAAUAUUUUCAAUUAUCCUGACAAAAAUCAUAAGCAAUGGAGGUUGCGGCGCAAAGAAAUCCCCCGUACAUCGAAAUAAUUGAACAACCAGCACCGAGAGCUGUGAGAUUUCGUUAUCAAAGUGAGGGACGACCUUCUGGAAAUUUAAUCGGAUUAAACAGCACAAAAGAGCGGACGACAUAUCCAAAAAUACGAGUGACCGGUCUGAGAACUAUAGCAUACGUCGUCGUGUCCUGCGUGACAAAAGACAAACCCUAUCGCAUCCAUCCCCACAGUCUGAUCAACGGAGAACCAGAGAACAACUGCCAGAAGAUGUACCCUGGAAUAAUCAAUGCGCCAGUUGAUCCGAAUCAUCCAGAGGUGACAUUUACGACUGUCAAGCUCCAGUGUGUCCCAAGAGAAGACGCAAAACGUGCCCUGAUGUCCAGAGUCACUUUUCCAAUGAAUCCAUUUCCCUGUCCAGGGUGGGAAGACUCGGAUAUCGGUGCCAUUGAUCUCAAUGCCGUAAGGUUGUGCUUUCAAGUUUUUACCGAACAUCCGGAGACCAGGAAGCCCCAGGCUGUGUGCUUAGCGGUGUCGGAGCCCAUUUUUGACAAGAAGAGGUUUAAUGUCCUGGAAAUAUGUCGUUUGACAACUCACACAGCUUCGAUGGCUGGGGGCACUGAGCUCACAAUGCUUUGUAAGAAAGUUGCCAAAAGCGAUAUUCAGGUACGAUUUUAUGAGGAAAAAGGUGGACGUGUAGUCUGGCAGGCAUUUGCCGAUCCCAAGUAUCUACAUUUUUUCAAACAGAUAUCAAUUAAAUUACGAACUCCUGCCUAUCAUGACGUGGAUUUCCCAAGGCCAGUGCCAAUUCUCAUGCAAUUGGUGAGACCAUCAGAUGGGGAUGUGAGUGAAGCUGUGCCUUUUCAGCUAGAGCCCUGCAACAAGGAGAUGUCUCCGAGAAAGCAAAAUCCAUCGGCGAUGAAUUUGCUGAGACGUAACAAUUGCGAUUGCAUACCGCAUCCGAUUUUCCAGCCCGAUUGUGAAAUUCACGGGGGAAAAAAGGAGAAUGAGAUAAAUAACAUGAUUAAUGUUGAACUUCCAGAGGUGCAGAAUGUCCCCCUGAUGAGCGAACCUGAGGAUCCGAUGUACCCGAAUUUUAAUUCGAUGAGCAAUUUGAAAAAUGAUAAUUUCUAUCGAAAAUUCGAGAAUUUUCCUGCACCCUAUUAUGCACCCCAGAAGAUUCUCGAGCCUCUGGCGCCAUUGGAAUUCGAGACACCAGAGCAGGAGGGGAUGCACUCAGGGAUAUUAAUGAAACCCCUGAUCAAAUCUUUGCGGAGGAAUUUUAGCAACAGUGAUCUCAUUAUGAGAGAAAUAAAUUCAGAGGAGAUCGAGGAAGUUGAUUCCGAUACUGUCUACAAUAACUUGCCGAUUUUUGAACAAUUUUAAGAGACUAGUUCGAAUAUAUGUAAAUAUUUACUCAAUAAAUGACUCGGUGUAAU